UCAGGAUUGUACUCUCUUGCUAGCAGUUUCGUUCUCUUUUCUCUCUUACUACCACACGCAAUUCUCCCACCAAUCCAAGAUGGCUGAAGAAACAAACGUCGUUGCUGAAACCGUUGCUGAACAGCCCGCUGCUGCUGCCGCUUCUCCCGCAGCCAAGCCAAAAAAAGCCGGUAAAGUAGCCAAAUCAACGGCAAACAAAACUCCCGUGGUCAAGAAGACCCGACCUGCUGCGGCCAAAAAGGUAGCCUCUCCCGUCAAGACUGUUGCUGCUGCUAUACCGAAGCCCAAGAAGGUGGUCAAGGCAGCUGCUGGCUCCGCUCAUCCUCCGUACCUUGAGAUGGUCACACAGGCAGUGAUUGCACUGAAGGAACGCAGUGGUUCUUCCCGCCAGGCAAUCCUCAAGUACAUUCUCGCCAACUUCCAGGUCGGUUCUGACCCCAAGUCCGCCAAUCUCCACCUGAAGCAGGCCCUUAAGCGUGGCGUCACCUCCGGAGUGCUUAAGAACACCAAGGGUGCCACUGGCGCUGCUGGAUCUUUCCGUGUUUCUGCUGAGGCUAUGAAGCCCAAGAAAGUCGACAAGAAGGUGAAACCAGUCGUUGCCAAGACACCUAAAGUUGUCAAGAAGGUUUCAUCCCCGAAAAAGUCAAAGGCCGCUGCUAAGAAACCCGCUGCACCCAAGAAGGCCAUCGUUGCCGUCAAGAAAGCCGUACCGGCCGCUGCUAAGCCCAAAGUAGCCAAGCCCGUUGCUGCCAAGAAGGCUGCUGCUCCUGCCGCCAAGAAGCCCGUUGUAGCCAAGAAAGCUGCUGCCCCGAAGAAGGCGGCCGUUAAGGCACCCAAACCUAAGGUAGCCAAGCCAGCUGCUUCUCCGAAGAAAGCUGCACCUAAAAAGGCCGUCGCCGCGAAGGCAGCCAAAGCCGCAAAAUCUCUUAAAGCCGCCACAAAGAAAGCAGUUGCCAAGAAAUAGAUACCUUUCAUCAAUUUCAUACCUCAGUAGCCCCAUUUCUUACCAGUUUGAACUGCAUCGCGAUUCACCGACUUCAAAAGGAUAAAAUCGAAAAGCUCAUUCAUUAAGAUCUCCAUGUCCACGACUGAUGCUCCCUCAAUUCAUCUGUACAUUCUAUCGUUCAUCAUCCCCAGAUCUAGACAUCCAUUUAUUCUUAUCAUUAUACGAGAUAUCUUGUUGAAAGAAGAGUGACUUGUACAUAUAAUAAUGGCAAUCUAACAAAUAAAAUUCCGUAUUUACUGAAA